AUGCAAGUUUGGGGUUUGAAAUCUUUUCUGGAUGACUAUGAUGGUAAAAUCAUAUCUUACUUCCAGAGUGUGUUCCGAGACCUUUCCAUGUGCAGCUCCUGCCUUCUGGCUGUUUUCCAGGCAAUCACCAUUAGUCCCAACAGCCCCAGGUGGGCAGAGCUCAAAGCCAGAGCUUCAAAGUACGUCAUUCUCUGCUGUGUUUUCUGCUGGAUCUUCAAUCUUCUAGUAGACAUUACUGUGGUUGUGUACAUAGCUGGUCCCAAGAACAGCAGCAAGGGGAGAUGGAACAUUGGGUACAGCUCUUUAGACAUUUAUGACAUGAAUACGAUCAAAAUUGUCAUCCUCAAAUCUGUUUAUGAAGGGGUGCUGGUGGGUCUGAUGGCCACUGCCAGUGGCUACAUGAUGCUGGUCCUGUGCAGACACCACCAGCGAGUGCAGCACAUUCAUAGCAGCAGCCUCACCCACAGGGGCUCCCCUGAAACACGAGCCACCAAGAACAUCUUGCUGCUGCUAAGUGAACCGAACCAGCUGCUGCACUCCUGUUCCCGCCAUGCUAACUCUAGUUCUGUUUGUGUCUGUGAGACAAUCAAUUUGGAGACUGUUCCUACAGGAACCAGGAACCCAUUGGACUCACAUGAGCAUGCGAGGGGGGGGAUGGCUAAGAAUGAUUAUGUCAUGGUCUAG